UACUACCAUGUCUCCUCGAGCGGGUGCAAGAACUGCCAUAUCAGGAACCAGUUGUGGAUCUACAUCUAGUGGCAUUCAUUCACAAGCAAAACCAGACGAAUGGCCAGAGUGGGAAGAAUUGCUGGAGAGGGAUAUAUUCAAAUUGAAAUGCAGGAGGAACACAAUCGGACCUACCCAGAAUUUGGCAAUAAAUGUGGAUACUCAGAGGCUUGGAGCAACUGGACAGAUUCCGCCAAGAGAAAAGAUUGAAAAGCAAUUCUCCCUGGAACACCUUCAGAGGCUACAAGCUGCAUUCGAGAAAUCUGAAAAGGCCGGCAGAAAAUCCCUGGAUGUGGGAGCAUUCACGAGGAUAGUGAAGAAAUGUGUGGGAUCUCAUGGAAUAAGGGAAGACCAAAUAGGAGAACUCUUCAGGAAAGUUGACUAUUCUGCAAGUGGUCAGAUUGCCUGGGAUGAAUUCUGUAACUACAUGCAACUGGAGUACACACGGAUCACUGAGUCCUACACACAAUCAAAACAAGUUGCCUUCUUGCUUCCUGCAAGCAUCAGUGAGAACUUUCAUGGAGAACCGAUCAUAUACAUCUACCCUACAUCUGAUAAUUCCUUCAUCGUGGUCAGAGAGGAUGGGACCAUCUCUUUCUGGUCAGCCCAGCUAGAGCUGAAGCUAAGCAAGAAAGCUUUUGAGCAGCCAUGUAACAGGAAGUCCAAAUGGAUAACAGGUUUUACUCUGAUGCCUCAGUAUAAUAAGUUCAUCCUAAGCACUGGAGAUCGAGAAAUUCAGAUUUAUGAGCUGUCUACCUUUGCACCAUAUUGUCAGAUCAAUGGUUUGGAGAUUGCACCACUGCAACUAGACUACUGUUGUACAGGUGAAGAUGAUUGCAUGAUUCUAUAUGGAGAUGACCAGGGCUGUGUAAAUAUUUUACUCCUGUCAUCUGUAGCAGCAACUUUGAGGAUGUGGAAAAGGUGCCCUAAAGUGGACGAUAUGUCCAGUAUCAGUUUAGAGAAUGCUGCGCUGUUAUCAAAUGUGACUUACAUUCGCUGGAAGGUACAUGAAGAUUGGGUAACUCAGCUGAAGUAUUAUGAUUCAAUCCAAGCAGUUAUCUCCACCUCAAACCAUGAGGCUACAGCAAUGGUUAUAGGGUGCACCACUGGAACCACUAACCUGGAACAAGAGAUGAAGGAAUUGAAGGAGUCUUGGAAAGAGGGAAAGCGGAAAAAGAGUCACAGCUCUGCUGUCGUUCCUCAAAAAAGGCUAGACUGUGAUCAGUCUGUAUUUCAAGUCUACAAAGGUGUAAAAACCUUUGAUUUCUGUAAAAAAUCCAAACUGGUGGUGACUGGAGGGCUGGACAGGAUUGUGAGAUUGUGGAACCCUUAUAUUCCUGGGAAACCCACUGGUGUGAUGAGAGGUCACUGUGCUCCAAUCUUCUUCGUGUGCAUCGAUACUGCUGAGAAAAAAAUAUUUUCCAUCUCCAUUGAUAAUACUGUGAAGAUCUGGGACAUUGAGGAUCAAUGCUGCCUGGUCACAGUCAAUGCAAAAGCCAGUGGAAUCAGAGGAGACCUUGCAACGUGUUGUUAUGCACCUGGGAUAAAAGCACUCUUCAUUGCUACAGAUUCCAUUGCUCUUCUGCGUGUAAGGCUGAAACCCAAACCUGAUUCCAAUCUCCUUGCCUCCCACAAAGAGCCAGUUUUGUGUUGCAGAUAUAACAAAGAGUUUCAACAAGUGGUCAGCUGUUCAGAAGGAUCUAAGGUCAAAGUCUGGGACUUGGAUACAGGAAGCCUAAUGUUUGAGUUCAGUGAGGCUCACAAAGAUUCUGCCAUUAGCUGCAUGACCUUUGAUGACAGUGGAAGGAGACUAAUAACUGGAGGGAGAGAUGGAUGUUUGAAGAUCUGGAAUUACAAUAAUGGCCAAUGUCUCAGAACAUUAAAGAAAGUUGGCAAGUGUGCUGAAAUCAGUGAUUGUGCGUAUGUAGAGAUACACAAAAGGAAAUACGUGAUUGCUGUUGGAUGGGAUCGAAGAAUUAACAUAUAUUAUGAUUCUUUCGCUGACCUUAACCACAUUCAGCGUCCUCACACACAUUGGGAGGAUGAUCUGAAACAUGGGCACAAGGAUGAUAUUCUGUGUGUUGCUCAGUGUCCUCCCACUCUCCUCGCCACCUCUAGCCAUGAUGGGGAAAUAAUUGUGUGGAGAAUGAUCUCUGGACACAUCUGUUGCCGUCUUCAGACUCCCUUACCUGUCGACUGCAAAGAUAGAGAAGCAUUUGUAGAUAACGUUGUGUUCCUGAAGACUCGUGUGCUGAAGACUGAAUUUGCAGCUUGCCUUGUUUCUACAGGGCCCCAAGGUUUGAUUUUUUUCUGGAACCUGCUUAAUGGUGGACAGAUGGCAGCCUCUUUCACUGCAACUAAAGUACAAUCUUCAAUAACUAAACUGGCCGUAACUGAAGAUGAUUCUCUACUUUACGCUGCCAGUCACAUGGGAUUUAUUUAUGUUUACAACAUCAAGGAUUAUGCUCUGAUUGGACCAGAAGUUGAUCCACCAAAAACUAUUAACUAUUGGAGGGCCCAUAUAAGCAGUGUUACAAGCAUGCAGCUGAUAGAUGAGCAAAAGCUGAUAUUGACCUCUUCUGCUGAUUGCACUGUACGAUUGUGGAGCAUGGAUGCGGCAUUUAUUGGUACGUUUGGGCAGCCAGAACUUUGGCAAAUUUGUGCCCCAGCAUCUUGGAAGCACCCAAUGGUCCCCUAUGAGAUUCUGAUCGACCCGUUCAGCAUGCCUGUUCACCCACUAAUGGAGACGGGGAUGUCUGCAGCACAGAUAACUAAUUCGAGCAAAUGUGAAGAAAAUAAAAAAGCUACAGAGAGAAAGACUAUGCUAUACCUUCAAUAUAAAUCUUCAGGCCAAUCUUCACAAUUGGCCACUUCAGACGCAGACAUCAAAGAGGAAAUCAGAAAAAGGACAAAGCAGAACACCCUGGGCAAAAGACUUCGACAUGAAAGAUUCAGGAGCUUGAAUAAACCACUGAACCACGGAGGACCCACUGCUUAUCAUACCUUAAAGUGUUUUGAAAUUGCCAAUACCCCAAUUGUAUUUAAGAAGCCUGAUCUAUCAGCAGCAAGCAUGGACCCAUUCCUCACUACUUUCCUUGAGAAGGACACUAAUAGUCUUUGAUCUCAGGCAAUAUAUCCAACUUGUUUUUGUCUCAGUUUUGAAUUUUUCAUGAUAUGUUAAUGUACACACGAUAUAAGUUAAUGACACUGUUUCUUCAAAAUUUAAACUAGUCACCCUAUGGUUUCUGUGGGGUUUGGCACUUGGCCUUCGUGUGAAUAAAUGGAUAGUCCUUUGAACCAAAUCAUCAUAUUCAGUACGUACAGCGAGAAGGGAAAUUGCAGGUCACCAACUAUGGAUUCUGUUUGGAGGAUUCUUUACUUUUACUUGUUGAUCACAGCAUGUAAGUUUUUGAUUUUAAUAUUUGGUGUUUUGUGUAUGGCUUCAAUAAAGAAUUGAGAUUGCAA